CUCAUGUGGCGGGUUCGCGGAUUCACUCAAAGUCCGAUUGUUUGGCGUCGCGAGUCUCGCCGGGCGGCUUUCUACCGAUCGCUUAGCAUAACAGCAGCGAGAAGGACGGAUUCUGCACAGCAUGCUCAAAUCCCGGGCGUUGCAACUGAACGUGCCGACUCAGAGCGGAAUUCCAAACGUCCCUGGAAGACAGUUGGCCUGAAAGCCUAUCCGGAAUACUUCACAAUAACUCUGGACAACAAACCUUUGAGGACCCCAGCUGGCAAUCUUUUGACUGUUCCAUCAACAAAGGGAUUGUUCGCAGCCUCGGUUGUAAACGAGUGGGAGCGCCAAAACCGGGUCGUCAAGCAGCAUGCGUUGACAUUGACAUCUCUCGUAUCUGUGGCCAUUGACACGCUCAGUGACCCAGGCGCUCGGGGCGAUGCUCAUAUGGAUCUUUUGAAAUAUCUAAGAACCGACACCAUUCUUUUCAUGGCGAAGGAACCGCCCCAAUUGGUUGAACUGCAAAAAAGGCAUUGGGUACCUAUCCUGGAAUGGGCGCGAGCCGAAUUCAACAUUGCCAUCCCCACUUCCGACACCUUGUUCAUUCAACCUUCACCAGCCCAAGCAGUGCAAACGCUUCAUACAAUCCUAAAAGAGAUGGACCAAUGGACUCUUGCUGCAAUGUGUCGUGCAGUGCAUUCGUCUAAAUCAUUCAUGAUCGGUCUCGCUCUGGUAAAGGGUAGGAUAACCGCCGAGGAAGCAGCAUUGGCCGCACGUGUUGAGGUUCAAAGUCAGAUCAACCGGUGGGGGGAAGUUGAGGAUACCCACGAUGUUGAUUACCGGGACAUUCGACGUCAACUUUCGAGCGCUGCUCUCUUGGCCGCAAACGUGUGAAGCGCCAUCCUUGUCUAGUGUCUGCAAGAAUGCGAUUCAUAAGGGUAUAUAUAGCAGUAUUGUACCAGUUUUCAGCGGCAAGCACGCUUACACAGACCUCAUAAAAUUGGGGAACUAGACCGUGAUACAAACUAAAGUCCAUUGAGUGCGAACGGUGAGGUUGUGCCGUGACCCAUGUCUGUGCGAUAAAUAGCGUGAAGGCAAGAAGGACAUGGGCGUGGGGAGAAUUGCGAGGUAGGGGCAUUAGGCAUACGGUCCAAGUUCUAAGCUUUUAUGGGCCUGCAAGUCACGUAGGACUCCAGGAUCAACUG